CGUCUCAGCGACCCUAUAUUAAACAACAAUAAAACGGUAAAGUGCUUUAAAAACAUUGUAGGAACAUUAAAACAAACAGCGCUAGUUGCAACUUUUUGUAAUGGUAAAUCAACACUCGGCGUCCAUUUUGUUUUUUAGUAAACAAUCGAACGAAUUGCCGCCAUUACGUUCGCGCCAAUAUUCCGAAACAAUAAUACUACAUUUGGGAAUGUAAUUGUUGAAAUAAAAUGCGCUCUAUAUUGUUAUUAGCACUCCUGUUGUACAAUAUUUUAGCAAACACUGCGAACUAUGACUAUGAAGACGUAGAUGCUGACAAGAGACAUUCUUCGUUAAAUGCUAGAAGAGACUGGAGGAAGAGAGUCCUUAACAAACCAGCUCAUGCAGGCUGGAACAACAGAAUGUAUGAUGAGAGACAUCAUGAUCACGAUCGAUCGGCCAUGAUGAAUAGAGAGAAAGAGAUGGAAUAUUCAAACAGAGGAAUACACUAUGAGAGAGGCAAUUUAGAGUCAAGACCAAAAGAUGCUGAGAUGAUCCAAAAUGUUGGCCACAAAAUGGAGGAGACCAAAGCUCAUCAUGAUAUUACCAUGAACUGCGCGAGACCUAAUGAACGUUACGAAGCGUGUUUCGCCGGCUGCGCUGCGGUGUCAUGCGACAACCCGCACGACCGCCUGCGACCUUGCUACCCAUUCUGCGAGAGCGGAUGCAUAUGCAUACACCCCUACGUGCGAGACGACCGCACGCACAAAUGCGUGUUGCCUGCGGAUUGCACCAAAGGUUUGAAAGGAAUCCCUGAUCUAGGCGAAGAGGUAACUUGAAGAACAAAAAAACAUUAUAAUAAUGAAAAGAU